CUUUCAUUCAUUCUCAUUCUCUUUCUGCUCCACCCUAAUAGACUGACCAUUAUACUCUUCUAGUCAUCUUAUCCAUGACCUCGCCUCUUGCAAGAAGUACUAGCUCCAUCUCGAGCACUGACAUGGAGGCACUAUUUGCAAAGAUACACAAAGAUCAGGCUUCACAGCUAGAGUUGCUCAAACAUACAAAGCGUGCUAUGGAUAGGACAAUAGCCUCCAAGGACAGUUCAGAUAUUGGUGGACCAUCAACAGCUAGCCUGUGGCGUCUCAAAUUUCAUUCAAAUAUAACAAAUAGGUGUCGAAGCUACGUGAUCCGAGCCGGCCUGGAUAUUUUUGGACAGAACCCUCAAGCGAAUAAUUCACAGACAUACGAUUGUGUUCAUUGUCAACGCUCAUUCCCUGCACAACGAUAUGCUCCGCAUCUAGAAAAAUGUCUGGGAUUGUCUGGUCGAUCCUCCAGUCGUGCUGCUAGUCGAAGGAUGGGGGCGGGCGAGAGAGCUGGAUCGGGAUCACCUUUCACUCCAGUGAGUUACUCUGAUGAACGUGAUGCUAGUGACUCUGACAAAGACCUCAUUGAAAAAAAACAAUGCUUCAAGUACUAAUGGCUCGCAAACUAAUGGAGGCAGUGGAAGUUCGUUAAAUGGAAGCGAUUAUGGUGCCUCCAAUCUUAUAAAGUCUUCAUCCUCGAAUGCUUCAAAAGCCAAGAAGCAAAAAAGCGAUUCGUCAGAUUACCCGUUAAAA